CCUUGUUGCAGCCGAGAAAGCAACAUGGGGCACCAGCAGCUUUACCGGAGCCAUCCGAGAAAAUUCGGCCAGGGUUCUCGUUCUUGCCCCGUCUGCUCAAACCGGCACGGUCUGAUCCGGAAAUACGGCCUCAAUAUGUGCCACCGGUGUUUCCGCCAGUACUCGAAGGACAUCGGCUUCAUUAAGUUGGACUAAGUGUGAACUUCUCGAAUGGGUCAUCACGCAUAUCUACCUUCCUCAGAAACAAUACUAACUCUUCGUAUAUAAAAUAAAAAUUUUAAA